GAAGACUAUGCUGGAAGAUGGCAGGUUCCUUUGCCUCAGCUUCAGGUGCUUCAGACGGCGCUCUGUUGUUUCACGUCUGCCUGUGUAUCAUUCCCAGCUGAAUGUGAGCACGUACAAUAUGUAUUGAGUAGCCUAGCUUUGAGUUUUUUUGAAUUGCUGCUGUUCUUUGGAAAAGAUGAGUUCUAUGAAGAUCCUUUGAAAGAUAUUUUAGGUUCAAUCCAGGAAUGUCAGAACCUUCUAAAUAGAUACAGAAAUAUGAACCUGGAACUAGUGACUCGCAUCAUUCGAGAUGGUGGACCAUGGGAGGAUCCAGUAUUACAAGCAAUUCUUAAAGCAAAGCCUGUAUCACAGGACUUGGUUAACAAAUAUUUAAGCUCUGAAAAUCCACUGUUCUUUGAACUACGUGCCAGAUACCUUAUUGCCUGUGAACGCAUCCCUGAGGCAAUGGCUCUUAUCAAAUCUUGCAUAAAUCAUCCAGAUAUCAGUAAAGAUCUGUAUUUCCAUCAAGCUCUUUUCACCUGUCUUUAUAUGUCACCAUUAGAAGAUCAGCUAUUCCAGGAGGUAUUGUUUCACUUGUUGAGGACUGAUUGCAAGAGUGGAAUUGAGAUCAUCUGCAACACUGAAAAAGAAGGGAAGACUACCUUAGCCUUACAGCUAUGUGAAUCGUUCCUAGUCCCACAGCUUCAAAAUGGGGACAUGUAUUGUAUAUGGGACCUGAUCUUCAUUUGGAGUAAACUGCAGCUUAAAUCUAACCCAUCAAAACAAGUAUUUGUUGACCAGUGCUACCAGCUUUUAAGAAUUGCUACAAAUGUCAGAGUAAUUUUCCCUUUCAUGAAAGUCAUUAAGGAUGAAGUUGGUGAAGAUGGUCUUCAGAUAUGUGUUGAGAUAUGUGGAUGUGCCCUACAGUUGGACCUCCAUGAAGAUCCCAACAUGAAAAGUCUUAUUUAUAAAGCAAUUGCUCAUUUUCUGCCAAAUGACUUGGAGAUCCUCAGAAUAUGUGCUCUUUCAAUCUUUUUUCUUGAGCGCACCUUGGAAUCUUACUACACUGUUGAACACUUAUAUAAAUGUGCAGAUGAAGAAUACAAUGAGUGCACUAGUUCUGUUCAAAACCGUGUCCGUUUUGAAUUGCUUCCAAUUUUGAAAAAAGGUUUGUUUUUUGAUCCUGAGUUUUGGAAUUUCUUGAUGAUCAAGCAGAAUUGUUUAGCAUUACUGGGGGAUAAAGCCUUUGUUGGCUUAAGUGAAAGUACACUGGAAAACUCUACUGCAAAUACAGAGAAGACAGCAGAGCAUAGGGCUCUGAGUGAGGAACGUGUCUGUUCAACAGAUGUAAGCAAUGGGGAGUUUGACCCUGAAGACCUCUCUGAAGCCCAGUCCAAAGGUAAUGCCAAAAAGAACCAUGAAGCUCUUGAGGCAUCUAAAAUGUUAGAUCAAACUGUACCAAGGCACCGCUGUGUGAUAUGCAACAAGGAAUUUCUUGGUGGUCACAUUGUGAAACAUGCACAAGCUCACCAAAAAAAGGGCAGUUUUUCCUGUGUACUUUGCACCAGAAAGUUCAGGCAAAAAGGACUUAUGCUGAAGCACUUAAGGAAUCAUGUCAGGAAGAUAGAAAGGCAACAUCUUGCUGCACUUCUUGAGGCUGGUCAGCAGGCUCCUGCUGUUAAUGAACUAGAAUGUUCUGAUGUUUCUGUGUCUCUUGAAAAUGGGAAUUCUGAUGGUUCCAAAGAUAAUGAACCAGAGACUGCAAUAGUUCCAAGUGCUGACCAAGUGGUCCAAGAGGAGGAGGAGAAUGCAGAACAGGUAUUUGAUGCAGUCGAAAACCAUCUAAGUGACCAGGACGAUGCUACUGAGAAUAGUAGUGACAGCUGUUUCAAUAAUGUUCCUGACGCUCUAAGUACAGAAAGUUUGCCUGAAGAUGAUGAGAACUCCAGUAAAGACUCGCCUAUUCUGCAUAAAGUGAAUGGAGCCUUUUGCCCUCAAAAAGACAUUAAUGCAAUGGACGAGGAAGGAAGCUUUAAGUGCCCUGCUAAUGGUUGUGCUAGAGUGUUUAAAAAGAUAAGAUGCCUCAAUAAACACGCAAGAAAAACACAUCCAACUGAUUUGAAGGUGCAGCAGCAUAUAAUGAAAUGGAAUAAAGGAAAAUGUCGGUUCUGCCAGAGAAAGUUUGCUGAUUCCCAACAUUUUAUAGACCACCUGAAGAGACAUGUGUAUCCAAAUGUUUACUUUUGUUUACACUUUAAUUGUAAUCAGAGAUUUAAGCUGUCAACUGAGCUUGCAGAACAUACAAAAAGUCAUAGUGUUUUUAAAGCUCGAUGCAAUUUUGCAGAGUGCUGUGAGCUAUUUGAGGAGCUCCCUUUGCUUUAUGAACAUGAGGCUCAGCAUUAUUUAAAUAAAACACCAGAAUGUUCAGAAGACGCAAGUGAAAAAGAUUCUUCAGAUGAUCCUUCAGAACUUUGUAGUUACCAAGAUGAUGAUGAAUCUAUUAAUGAAAAAGAAACUGUAGAUUUACCAAUUCCAACUUGGAAGUCAAGGAAGGAUUCUACAGAACCAAAGACUUAUAUUCAAAGUGUUGAGAAGAAAGCAAAUAAUGUAAUUCACAACGGAAAUGAAAGUUCGUCUGAGGGUAACGCUACAGUUUUAAGUUUGAUAGACCAAAAGACACCUGUGAUACAGCCAAAUUCUGAAAACUGUAAUGUUGUUAGUGACCAACUAGUCAAUGGGCACAGUGACCUAGAUCAGACAUCAUCAAAGUCCUCAGAAAUACCUUUGGACAGAGUGGCAGAUGAAACAAGGACAGAAAAUGGGUCGGUGUUACCGGUUUUACAGAAUUGUCAUGAUAUACCACAAAAUAAUGCUGCUGCCUCGCAAUUACCUUCUAAACCAAAUCAGACAGAGAAUACUUCGUAUGGUGUCAUCUUAACAAAACCGUAUGUUAGACCAUUGCCUCCAAGUUAUCUUGAUGAACGAUACAUUAGCAUGCCAAAACGUAGAAAACUUUUGACUGAUGAAGUAGAUGCACAUUCUGAACAAGAUAAAUUUUGUAGCAAAACAACUGAAAGAUUUAGAUGUGGCAAAUGCUUGACCAUCUACUGUAAUUCAGAAGCACUUGAGGCUCACCUUGCACAAAAGAAGUGUCAGACGCUCUUUGGAUUCGAUUCAGAUGAUGAAAGUGCCUGAUUUAAUGUUGUGGGAAAAAGUAUCAAACGAGGAGUGGUGUAAGAAAACACUACAUGAAGAAGCAUCAGUUCGUUUCCCAGUUGGCCUUAAUCAUAAAGCAGUCUCGAAUUACUAAAGUAAAACAUGACCUUGAUAAAGACAAAGCACAUUUUCUAGACAAAACUCACAGAGGAAUAAUAGGAGCUCUGCAGGUCUUGAGUCCAGAAAGGUUGCUACAAAAUCCCCAAAGUACCAGUUAUCCGAAAAAGCCACAUUCAUUCCAAAUGUGUGAUUGAAGCUUAGCGGCACAGUCUUUCAAGCGUGAAGGUUUAAGGAAAAUAAGGCAUACAGUUGAGCAGGUAGAGAAAGCAGAGGUAUUAAUUGCCUUAUGGAAAUAAAACCAGCUAAUUCUCAAAGCUGCUUUAGUUGGAAAACGUGUGGUUAAAGGGUAUCCAUCCACACAGCUGGGAAGGAGUCAUUCAAGAAGGUGCUAUGUUACUAUAAUAUGGAUAAGAAAUGUAUAGAGGAACAUGUGUUCUUUUUUGCAAAGUUUGAAUAUAUGAUUCCAUUAUCUGCUCUAAAGCAUGGAGCUCAUUUCAUCAGCUUACACUCAGAAUCCAAAAAGAGGAAUGUAGAAAGAAAUCUAAGAUGGAUGGAACGCUUGAAUAGCCAAAAACUUGAAGUACAGAGCAUGCAAGGAAACGUGAGUUGAUGUGAUCCCAAGUGUGACAGUUAUGCACAGUGGAAAUCAGAGGCAUGCAAGAGAAGCCCUUUUCAAGGCUGUGGUAGAUGUGUAUGUUGAGAGUGUCCUGGAAAACAUCUGCUGCGCGUGCGGGAAGACUAAGAUUGAAGCAGAUUGAAACACAUACAGAAUGUGAAGGGGGUUUAGCUUGCAUUACAGGGUAGAGUUAAACUAAUUUUCUGGCAAUACAGAGGUCCUUCAGCUGUUGGAAUGACUGAAAAAACUUGAGAAGGCUUCCUGUUUUAAAAAAAAAAAAGGUAGACAAAAGCAGAGCAUGUGUCAAGUUGGGGAAAAAAAAGAUCAGGAAGAGCCCGUUUCACAUAGGUGAUACUGCUUAAUGGUAGUAGGUCACAACUCAGUACUGUAACUACUUACGUUCUAGAGGAAGGGAGAAAAUAUCUGUCAACUCAACCUUAAAACACAUUACGACCCUAUCUAGUAGCAUCUCUUGAAAAGAUAGCCUUUCCCAGAAGUUAGUGAAGGAUUUAGACUUAAAUGUUAAGCACUUUAUCCAAAAUUCCCUGUUCAUAGAAACAAUCAAAAUGUGAAGAUGGGAAAUUUGAGUCAUUCAGCUCUAUAUGUAACAUUGAAAUACAGGACAUUCGGAAACCAAAAAGAUGCUGUUGUAGUUUUUGGUCUUCCCACCCGAAACAGAAGUGUGGCAAAUGCACAUUGUCUAAUUACUGUGUUAAUUUAUCCUCUAAUUUAUCUUAUACUGUCUUGCCACCUAAAAAUAUUUUAUUUGGGAUCCUGUUCAUUGUAGCUGAAAAAGUUCAUGUGAUUGUAGGCAUGGAGGGUAUAGUGGUGAAAAACUGCUAUGUACAGAUGGAGUCAUCACCGAAACGUAGGACAGCGAAGACCAGCCAUUCCUGCUCAGCUAGUUUGCUUACCGAAUAGUUCAUCACAAUGCUUGUAUGGCAUAAUAAGAUGAUCAACUUGCUUAAAUCAACAGAUACGUAAAAAAAAAAAAA